AUGUUCCUUAAAGAAGCGAUAUCUCUCUUACUUGAGAAUAGACCAGAGAAUCCAAUCUUAUUUUUAGCAGAUCAUCAAGUGAACUCUAAUAUUCUGAAGGCAUAUAGACUAAUAACCCUCAAUAAAUACGAUACCAAAUCUUUUGCUGAUAACGUAUUCUAAGCUUAUACUUUGAUUGAGAAGGAUCAUGGCAAUUCAGGUGUGAAGGGUAUUGACUUCAUAAAACUAGCUUAAAUGCUAUGUAUCGAUUAUCCCUCUGAGAUACUUCAUGGAAUACUUAGAUUGCUUGAUAAAAGAGAAGAAGAAAAUGUAGAAUUCGAUGAAUUCCUCUGUGGAAUUAAAACUAUUCUUCUUUUUGAUAACUACUUUGAGGAGAUGGAGCAAAUUUUUAAGUACUUGGACAACAAUAAGCAAGGGAAAAUAAAGAAAGAUAUAGCUAGUCAAAAGAGUGAGCUAAGAGUGCCAUCUAUUGAAGAUGUUGAGAGUGUUUACUAAAGCAUGGCAGUAGAAGAGGACGGACUCCUUAACUAUGACGAAUAUCUCAUUUUAUUAUUCAAAGUUACUCUUGAUAACUUCGGUGAAUGA